AACCAUUGUUCGACGCCGCGCCGUCUCUUCUAGAACGAUCUGGGCUUCGGAAGGAAAAGAAGAAGAAGAAAAAGAACCUCUCGAAGGCGGCGCGGCGGAUCCUUGCUGCCUCAGUGCCUCCACGUCGACUUCGAGAUCGUUCUGGAGCCAGAUCCGAAUCGCGGAUUCGAGAUUGCGCCCGUCCUCCUGUGCUCUUCCGCUCCAGAGGCUUCCGGCCCGAGAUGGGGAACACUGCAUCUGGGAAAACCGAGACUUCAGAUUCAGCAGAGCAACCUGCAACACCAGCUCCUGCACCUGAGACAAAACCGAAAAAGAAGAUCUGCUGUGCUUGCCCAGAUACAAAGAAGUUGAGAGACGAUUGCAUUGUGCAGAAUGGCGAGGACGCCUGCGGAAAGUUGAUUGAAGCCCAUCGGCAAUGCCUGAGAUCUGAAGGGUUCAACGUCUGAUGCCUGACUCCAUCAUGGCGACUUCAUACUUGAUUCUGUGAUAGUCUGAUUUCAAUUGUGAAAAACAUGAUGAAUAAAAAAAACAUCUGGUAAGAGUGAUAGGAGGAGCUCACUGUUUCAUUUUUCAGAUUUAAAAAACGCUCACUAAACAUGCCAUUUGCAAAAGGCCAUAUGUCUUUCCCCUGGGCAUUCAGCACCUUACAUAUAUUCAAUUGUCUCCAUGAUACAUUACGGAACCUUUUGUGUUGAAAUUGUGUCAUUUGGUCCACUGGUUUAUGAUACAUUAUGGAACCUUUUGUAUGGAAAUUGGUUUUUCUGAUCCA